UGGCCGCCGGGUCAGUCUAACCCGCGGGGCGGAGCUGCUUCAGGUUAGUAUUGUCAUCCUCACCCUCGUGUCGGCCCCGCCCAGCUCUUGGCUCCUGCGCUCCCACACAGCAUUACCUGACAGGAGGAGACAUGGCUCCACGUAGGAGCCCUAAAAGCGGCAGUCCCGGCCCCGGAGCCCGGAGAGAAGCAAAACAUGGUGGAAACAAGAGUGCCAAGAAAGAGGGAGUUUCUGGGAGCUCUUUUUUUACAUGGUUCAUGGUAAUUGCGCUUCUGGGAGUAUGGACAUCAGUUGCAGUAGUUUGGUUUGAACUUGUUGAUUACGAGGAAGUACUAGCCAAGGCAAAGGACUUCCGUUAUAACUUGUCAGAAGUACUUCAAGGAAAACUUGGGAUCUAUGAUGCUGAUGGUGAUGGUGAUUUUGAUAUGGAAGAUGCCAAGGUUUUGCUAGGACUUAAGGAAAAAUCUGUCCCAGAACAGUCAAUGCCAGGAAGUGCUGAAGAGGUUAUCCAACCUGAAGAAAAGCCAUAUGUGAAAACAGAACACAUACAUGUUAAAGCAGAACCUGAAGAUGAAAUUGAGGCCAUACUACAUGAAGUUCUUGAGUCACAACUUGAAAAAGAUCAUGAAAAAACAGAUUUUCAGGAGGAAGAAGAAAAAGAAGACAAUAAUGAAGUAUCUGUAGAACCCACAACAGAACAGAGUUAUGAUGAAGAAAUAGAAGAUAAAAUACCUGAAAUAUCAGAGAAAUCAAGUUCUACCCAAGAAGAUUUAAACGACUAUUCUCAUGUGGAAGAAGGCAUAAACGAGCCAGAAAUCCCAGAAUCUGGUCCAGAAAGUACGGAACAGCCUGACCAUGUAGAAGAAGUUGAAUUAGAGAGAGAAGACUUCACUGAACAUUCUGAACAAAUACAUGAACGUAAUGCAGAUGUUCCAGAUUCUGUUACUGAACCUAUUCAGUCAGUACACGAGGAGGAACAUACACAAGAUCAUGUGGCUGCUCAACAACAUGAGACAGAAGUUCCUGUUCACACAGAAAAUUAUACAGAGGAUGAUGUAAUUGGACAUGGUGAAAAAGAAACUCUGCAAAAAGAAAAAGUAAAGAAGAAGAAACCAAAAUUGCUCAAUAAAUUGGAUAAAAGUAUUAAAGUUGAACUUGAUGCUGCAGAAAAGCUACGCAAAAAGGGGAAAACAGAGGAAGCUUUAAAGGCAUUUGAAGCUUUGGUAAGCAAGUAUCCCCAAAGUCCACGAGCAAGAUAUGGAAAAGCCCAGAGUGAGGAUGACUUGGCUGAGAAAAUGAGAAGCAAUGAAAUACUACAGCGAUCUAUUACCACCUAUGGUGAAGUGGCCAAUCUGCCAAAUGUCCCUGAUGAUCUAGUAAAGAUGACAUUGAAACGGCGCGCAGACAGGCAGCAGUUUCUUGGUCGCAUGAGAGGUUCAUUAGUUACACUACAGAAACUAGUUGAUUUGUUUCCUAAUGAUGCUUCAUUCAAGAACAACCUUGGAGUGGGUUAUCUUUUAAUUGGAGACAAUAACAAUGCCAAGAAGGUUUACGAGGAGGUUCUAAGCCUGGCUCCUAAUGAUGGAUUUGCAAAAGUACAUUAUGGAUUCAUUCUGAAGGCAGAGAACAAGAUUGAAGAAAGCAUUCCCUAUUUGAAAGAAGGUCUAGAAUCAGGAGAUCCUGGCACUGAUGAUGGCCGCUUUUACUUUCAUUUGGGCGAUGCCAUGCAGCGAGUCGGAAACAAAGAGGCCUACAAGUGGUAUGAACGUGGGUACCAACGGGGUCACUUUGCGUCUGUCUGGCAGCGUUCUCUGUAUAAUGUCAAAGGCUUAAAAGCUCAGCCAUGGUGGACAGCAAAGGAAACUGGUUACACCGAAUUGAUCAAGUCCUUAGAAAAAAACUGGAAAGUGAUCCGGGAUGAAGGACUUGCUGUAAUGGAUAGAAGCAAGGGCCUCUUUCUUCCAGAAGAUGAAAAUUUACGAGAAAAGGGUGACUGGAGCCAGUUUACUCUGUGGCAGCAAGGAAGAAAAAAUGAGAAUGCCUGCAACAGUGUUCCAAAAACAUGUGCCUUAUUAGAACAUUUCUCAGAUGCCACUGGAUGCCGAAGAGGGCAGAUCAAAUAUUCUGUCAUGCACCCAGGGACUCAUGUCUGGCCUCACACAGGGCCCACUAACUGUAGGCUGAGGAUGCAUUUAGGCUUGGUCAUUCCUAAAGAAGGCUGCAGGAUACGGUGUGCUCAAGAAACCAGAUUCUGGGAAGAAGGGAAGAUUCUCAUUUUUGAUGAUUCUUUUGAACAUGAAGUGUGGCAGGAUGCUGAUGCUUAUCGGCUGAUAUUCAUUGUGGAUGUCUGGCAUCCAGAGUUAACAUCACAACAGCGACGCACCUUACCAGCUAUUUAAGUGGGCUUGAGGUUUUUCCCUUUUGAGCUUCACAUUGUGUGCUGAGAAGGACAACAAAAAUAAAAUGGAACUGUAUCAAGAAUGUGUAAGGAUUUUAAGGCAUCCUGUUCUGUGUACCAUCCCCAUUUCAGCACUGAUCUGAAUGCUCUGUAUUCAUGCUGAAAGUUGGAAUUCUAUGCUUUUAUCAGCCAAAGAACAUCCUGUGCUACGUUUUGAAAGAAAACUUGUGCCAGACUUUUCUUUUAUACUGUAUGUAUUUUGGAACUCCUUGACGUAAAAGCCACCUUCAAAAGCCUGAAUGUAAUAAUAAGGAAUGCAGACUUCCAGAUACUAUUAUUGUGCAAUUUCUGAUCAUUAUGAGAAGGUUAUUCAGAAACAGUAUUCAGUGGAUUGUGUCCUCAAGCGCUAUAUCCACCUCUCCUAUAAUAAAAGCAACCAUUAGAACUUUAGAACAGUAUGAAAAUUUAUUAUUCUUAUCUUUUAUAAUUCUACUUCAGUUUUGUCCAGUGGAUUUAUAGGGUGAGCUGUAGAUAAGAUGAACAGGUGGUUUUGUAUCUUAUUUUUGAUAGAUAAUUACAUUUUUCCAUCAGAUACAGUAUAUGGAUACUUUUUCUGUUCUCUUUGAAUCACUUUCCUUGUGUAAUUUUCUUUAAGUUCCCUUUUUAUAUUAAUUUAGAAACAAUGGAGCCUUAUAACAGCAGCAAUCUAUUUUACCAAGGGUGACUUUUUCCUUCCAAGUCAAAGGAUGAAUAAACAUUUCCUUUGCCCAAUUCUAGAUAAGAGCAAAUUUUACCCAACUUUGAUAUUUGUGUUUAUUUCUAAUUUUUUAUAAUAUAAAAAUAUUUUUUAAGCUUUGGUGAAGUAGAUAGAGGCUUUGGGCUACAAUUUUUGUCACCAACAUUUUAAUGCAGGUUUUUUUUUUUAAAAAAAACCAACUUUUUAAUGCAAUUUAAAAAACUUCAUAAUCUAAAGCCUGAAUAAGAAAUAAUUAAUAUCCAGAGCCAUUUGUAACAUUUUGUUCUCAAUUACAGCCAAUUUCAUAUCCUAUAUGAAAGUAAGACAAAAAAAUAACAUAUAAAUAUAGUUCUGUUAAGUGAUAUCUACAUGGUUUUCCCAUUAUGAAUGAUCAUGAAAUUGUUUUAAUGAUUCAUUUUCAUUCAAUCUAUCAGUGCCAACUUUUGAACCUGUUCUGUCUUUUUUGGAGCCACUAUACAACUUUUACAUUCCUAUUUGAUUUAGUAAAAUAGCUCUGUGAUGCAAUAAACAGCGUUGUAUAGAUGUUUCAAAUUAUGUUCACUAAGACUAGUUAUAAGCAAUUAAUUGCUCAUUGCCAAAAGGUGCAGUAUUGGUGUAAUUUUAUGUACAGAAAUGUGCCAAGGUACACAUUCCAAAUAUAGGUCUUCAAAAUCCAACAUGUGCUCCUGGAAAUUUGAGCAAAAUACAGCAUUUCAUAGAUUGAAUAAUCUCUUAAUCCGCUGUGAUUGUUGUUUGUUAUUUGCAAUGGCAAAAGUUGUGAAACUGAGGGUUGGAAACAUUUUAAGGAGUACCAGUGUUGAAAUAAUAUAUAUUGUCUGAGGCUUGAUAUUCAUGCUCAGACUUUUCAAUACUAAAAAUGUAUAAAUCCAUUUUCCAGGUGCCUCUUUUUCUUAUCACAAGCACAAGGACUGUGUAAACUGCUUACAAUACUUCUUCUUUUUAAUUAUUUAUAUAAAAUUGUUAUAGAAAAUUAUAUUGUUUGACUUCUCUUAGAAAUAUUCUUGUGUCUCUGGCAUCUCUGGCAAACAAAUAGUAUAUCUAUUGUAGAACUGGUAGCAGCCGAACAGUAGUGUACCUGUUUCUUUGGAAUGCCUGUAAAAGUAUUCAAGUUACUGAAUUUCAGUAUUUUUUUUUAUUAUUUUAAAUGACUGGUCUUUCACAAUGGAUUUGUGGGGAAGAUAGAUAUAGAAAGCAAAAAGCUAAUUAUACCCAAUCUACUAAUUAACAUUUGAAGCACCCUUUUAGUUUGGUUUUAUUGCUACUAUAAAAAACCAAUAUGGGCCAAAAGUAAACGAUGGACAGAAAACAAAAGGUGCCCCUCAUGAAUAUGCAGGACUGAUUUCAGGGAUUAUGCAAAAUGGAGCAAAUUUAUGUGUCCUUCCCAUUAAAAAAAGAUAAACUUCCAUUUGAUUUUUUUAAAUUUCAAAUAAAACAUUUUAUGUAGUAAAGUUGCAAGAUUCUAUCCUUGCUUUUUGAUAUAUAAUUUGUAAUUCAAUUGUUACAAAUAGUCUAUUUUAUAGAAAAGAUGUCUAUAACUCAGGAUGGAGCUGUGGAAUUCUUGGCACUCUGAGCCUGGUUUGCUGGCAGAAGUUUCCUUACCCAACUAAAAAACAUCAUCAGUAUGAUUCGUCUAUAAGCAAACAAUCAAGCUCAGAAAUUACCAACGAUUCCAUUUUUAUCCCAAAGCUGCUUUUUCCAUGACCUAGAUGACUGAGAAUCUCCAUAGAUAGAUCCCAUAUGUAUUUCAUGUCCAACCUUAAUCAAAAUAAAAUUAUUAGUUUAAUCCCUGGAAGGGGGUCUCAUACACAUUCAUUAUCAUUUUAGGAUGAUAUCUCAAAAUUUAAGAGUGCUUAUGGUAAGCCUUUCUGUGCCUUAAAUUCAAGAGCUUUCAAAACUAGUAUAUGGCUGCAUGUAUAUGUACAUGGGUGUACAGAUGCACACAGAGACACAUAUGCCCUAGGGCUGUGUAUCCUUUAAAGAGGAACUCUGGAUCUUAUGAGGAACAAGACCAUCAUCUCUAUCAUAUUAAUUGAUGCAGGGCCUCUUUCUUUCAGGAUUCCUCAUGAACUAAUGCGUUAAAAGAGUAACUGCACCAUUUUUAAUUCUGGGGCAGAAAUUUUGGGAACACUUGCAUUAAUAAAUAUAUAAAGGCUCAAGGUUCAUACUUUGGUGAAGCCCAAAGCAUUGUUUCCAAAUAAUUUUAUUGUCCUAACACCUGCAUCAUAUUCUGUUCUGGUAUCAAAUCUGAGUUUUGGCUUAGCAAUGAAGCAAAGCACAAUUUCCUUGAACUACAGCUGCUAGCAAUCCUUAACUGCAGAGCAUAUUGCACAGGGUAUACAUGUUUCAAUUUUGACUUUUUUCAACCAUAUAUAUUAUACACACACACAUAUAUAUAUAUAUAUAUAUUAUACUCUUUGUUACUGGAAGAAGCAUAUUUAAAAAGUGAUGCACUGUAGAACUGUAGACUUAAGGCUUAUUCAUUCUCAACUCUUGUAAUAUCAAGAUUCUUUAGCAAAGAUGUUCCUGUGAUAUUUUCAAAGUAUAUUAUAAUCUACACACAGGCUUAUUUACUUCACAAUUUCAGGAUUUAUUAGCUGAGUUGAAAUUGCUAACUUGGAUGUCAGUGGAUUUUAUAUAUAACACACCAAUAAGAUGUUUGACUCUUGUUUCUUUGUUUUGGCCACCCAUAAACAUUAAAAUCUCAUGUCCAACUAUUUUUGUCCACCUCAGGCAUAAUCAAUUGGUACAAUAUCCUUCUUGUGAUUAUUGAAUGGCUAUAUAAAUUUACAGAGCUAACUGUCAAACAUUGAUCAAUAGCAAUAACCCUAACCCAUGUGGCACGGAAAAAUGUGAAAACAGCUAAAACAGGUGGAUUUAAUCAAUUAGUGUGCAAAACCCACUGAAAGCAAGAAACAUUCAUGGGGGUGGUGAAUGGUGAGUGAAAAAAAAA